AUCACAGCAUAUAGAAUGCCUACUUCUCUGCAUACAGUAAGCACUCUUGAAAUGUUUGAGUUAUUGAAGACACAAUGGAUCUAUUAUGACAUCACCAAGACUGGAAUACCAUGGUUAAGAACCAAUUAGUGACAGGGCAGACCACAAACUCUGGGAGCAGGAAAGACCUCUUCCAGCUUCCUCGUGGAUAUUAUCAUUUGCCUAUACUCGGUGAAGAGAAGAAAUAAAAGAAAAUCACUCAACUUUUCAAUAUAGUUAUCAAAAUGCAAAGUGGGAUAGACACUGAAUCUGAAUCAGAAAAAGAAGCAGUGGAUUCCACCAUCACGUCCAUAAAAGCCCUGUAUAAAUCAGAGGUCCCUAAGCUGGAGAUCCCACUGGCAGUGCAGAAUGUCAUCUCUAGAAUUGAGCACGCACAGCUUUGUCGAGCCAGAGAGGACAUUAAUAUGCAGCUGGCUGACAUACUGCUCAAUGUGCAGCGAAUAAUCAAUCGCUACACUGUUGAUGAGAAUGUGCACUCCGGAAGGAAAAUCUCCCUUCCAGAACAUAAGAAAUGGAGAAUAAAUUUCCUGGAUAAAAUGGUUACUUAUGCUAAGAACAGUGAAAUUAGAGAAAAGACUCUUUUGCACAUCCUGGUCUGGUUGGAAGAAUGGAAUGCCAUUUUGUCUGAGAUGACUGCAAUUGAUAUUGAGGAACACCAUCACUGGAUAGCAAAAAUGGAGUUUUUACCAGAAAUGUACAAAGCUAUUGAGAGCAAUGUCAAGAUACUGAGUAGAAUUAGUGUAUCUUUAUUUGAAGAAAAGAAGAGACAAAAGAAAAAAAUGACAUCUAGAGGUACUCUAUGGAAAUCUUGGAAAGAAAGGGUUAUAAAGCGACCUGCAACAGCUCAUGCUUUAAGACCAGAUCAGAUGAUUAGUGAUGAAUUUGCAACAAAUACAAAGGUUUCAGAAAUCCAAGAUAUGCUACAGGAACUCAUAAACACUGCAAUGUUCAAUAAAUUGGAAAACAAUGCUAUUAAAUAUAUAUCAUCAACAAUAGUAAACCUUUCUAAAGCUUUGAAUACACUAAAUGAUGAAGUAAAAGUUUUUAUCCUCCAAAGUGCUAAUAUGUAUAUAAAUGAGACAAGUGAAAAAGAAAAAGAGCUCUCUCUGAAAAUAAUACGAGAUCUCAGUGAACAAAAUGAAAUACUUCAGCAGAAACUUCAAGAUGCAGAAGAAAAAUAUGAACAAUUUAUUCGGUCCAAAGGUAUUGUAGAGCAACAACUACCUACAGCAUUACCCACAUCAACCUUGAAAGCGUUGCCUGAGCUUUCUCCACAAUCAUCCAUUGCCAUUAGCAAAACUGACAUAGAAGACAGUAUGGAAAAUAUUUUGGCUAAAGAAUUUGAAAACAUUAUAGACGAGGCCCAAACACAAGAGACCAAAGCUUCGGGGAUCCAGUGGGACUCAGCAUUUUCAUAUACAGCCCCAGCUGAAAUGACCCCAGAUUUAAUUGAACAGCAAUACUCUUUACCUGAAAAAAAACAAAAAGAGUCUUCUGAAGGUAUCACUGAAGAUAAGGUGUCACUGAAGAAAGAUGAUGACCAGUAUCAAUCACAGAAGAAAAAGCAAAUUAAAGGCUCAUCUAUGGAUGAGACCUCUGGAUCACAUCUGAGUGAUGAUAAAGGUAAACAGAAAGAGACCAAAUUUGAUCAUGACUUGGAGCUACAGGCACUGGAAAAGAAUAGAAAAGAAAUGAAAUCCUUUUCUGAAGCCAAACCAAAGUCAUUCGCAGAAUCAAAAAGUCGCUAUGUCCCUACUGAUUACCCUUCUACUGACACAAAAAGACAAAGUGGCAAAAGUGGAACAGGUAGUAUGUGGGAAAGACUCAGGAAGGUCAAACCUGAAUAUUCACAUGACAAAAGCCAGAUUUCUUCAGAGAAUAAAGAAGAACCCACCACUGAGUCAAUGGACAAAGAGAGCAAAAGUGAGAUGAGUAGCCAAGCAGAGCAAUUCAAAUUGACUGAACUUGGUUAUUCCUCUGAGAAAAUGAAAACAAAAGGGAAGAAACGUCAGAUCUCUCCAAGAACCACCACAAGCAAAGAGGGAAAAACUGAGGAUAUCAUAGUCUUAGCCAAGAAAUUCAAGUCUCCUGAACUUGUUAAAUCACAAUCCAGGAUAGCAAAAGAGACUUCAGAAUCUACCAGAGUUCUAGAAAGCCCAGAUGGCAAAAGUGAAGAGAGUAACCUAGAAGAAUUUCAAAAAGCUAUAAUGGCUUUCCUAAAUGAGAAAAUUGAUAACAUAGGAAAGCCUUUGGAUAAAAAGGCUGUGCCAAAAGAGGAGUUAUUAUUAAAAACAGCAGAGGUCGAAAAAUUAGAAAUCAUAAAGGCAAAAAUGGAGGAAUACUUCCAAACUGUGGCUGAAACUGUGGCAAAAAUCUUGAGAGAAUACAAAGAUACAAAAAAUGCAGGACAAGUUGGAGAGAAACCUAUGAAACGAAAAAAGGAAGUCUCAUUUAUGCCAGGAUUGCAUUUUCAGAAGCCAAUUAGUGCAAAGGCUGAAAUCAGCACCUUACUCUCAUCUAAGAGCAUGGACCCAUUAAUUGACAAUUUAAUACAAAUGAUCUUGACUGAAAUAGAAGGUGAAAGAGAUGCUCCAGUAGCCUCAACAGUAGGGAGAGACCACAAGGAAAAGGAAAAACAGAGGUGGGAUGAAUAUUUGCAAGAAGGUCAAGAAAAAGUAUUUGGUGAAGGUUUCAAACACCAUUUGCAAGAGGAAGGGAGUUUCUGGAAGAAGAGCCAUGAGCUGAUAAGUAAAAAAUUGGAGAAGGAAGAGUCAUGGCUCCAAAUGAAGGAGAGAAAGCAAAGGCAACAGAAGCAGAAAUGGUGGCAGGAAGAGGAAGCAUGGAAGAAACAACAAAAACAGACUGAGCAAGAUGACGAGCAAAUGCAAAGAAAAGAGAAAGGAUAUCAGAAGCCAAAACAGCAGCAGCUGGAGGCAUGGAAUCAAGAAAUGGAAGAACAAUUGGUACCCCUGGAGGAGGAGGAGGAGGAGGAGCAGAUGCGGCCAGUUCAGAAGGAACUGAGACACCCGAAGCUAGAAAUAAAUAGGGAGAGAGAAGAGAAGCAGAAGCCAAGGAGAAACAUAGAAGACCAUGGAAGGCAGAAGCAGAAAAAGACAAAGGAUCAGAGGAAGAUCAAUGAGAAAAGUUCUGACACACUAGAAAAGAUGUUCAGCCAAACUUCAGUCACAGUGUCUCCCAAAUGGAAGAGCAUACCGAAAGUAGCAUCCCAGUUACACCAAAGAAAAGCGUUCCAUGGACAUCUGAAGACAUUAGAAAAUUUUGCUGACGGAAAGUACCCUAUACCAAUCACUCCUUCUCCAUCGACACAAUCGCCAUCACCUAGGGCCUUUCCAAUUUCUGGACAGUCUCCCACAAAGACCCUCACUCUAACUCCUCAACAGGCCCAGGAACCGGAGAUCACUAUCACCCCUCAAAAGGCCAAAGAACUAGGCAUCACUGUGGCCCCAGAACAGGCCCAGGCACUGGGGAUCAGUCUUACCCCUGAGCAGGCCCAGGAAAUGAGCAUCACUGACACUCUUCAAAAGGCAUUGGGGAUCACUGUCACUCCUCAACAGGCUCAGGCACUUGGGAUCCCUCUCACUCCUGAGCAGGCCCAGGCACAGGGGAUCACUCUCCCCCCUCAGCAGGCACAGGCCUUGGGAAUCACUCUCACCCCUGAGCAGGCCCAGGCACGCAGGACCACUGUCACUCCUCAGCAAGCCAAGGCACAAGGGAUCACUCUCACCCCUCAGCAGGAACAGGCACUGGGGAUCACUUUCAUACCUAAGCAGACCCAUGUACUGGGGUUCACCUUCACUGAUAAGCAGGCACAGGCACAUGGGAUCACUCUCACCCCCAAGCAGGCCCAGGAAUUGGGGAUCACCCUCACUUAUGAGCAGGCCCAGGCACUGGGGACCACUCUUAUUCCUCAGCAAUCUCAGUCACAGGGGAUCACGCUCACCCCCGAGCAGGCCCAUGAACUGGGGUUCACCUUCACUGAGGAGCAGACCCUGGCACAGGGUAUCACACUCACCCCUGAGGGGGUCAAGGCACCGGGCAUUACUGUCACCCCUGACCAAGUACAGAAAAUGGAGAUCACUGUCACCCCUCAGCAGGCACAGGCACUGGAGAUCAUUGUCACUCCUGAGCAGUCACAGGCACAGGGCAUCACUCUCACUUCUGAGCAGGCCCAGACACAGGGGAUCACUCUUACCCCUGAGCAGGCACAGGCAGGGGGGAUCACUCUAACAUCUCAGCAGGCCCAAGCACUGGGAAUCACUCUGAGCCCUGAACAGGCCCAGACCCAGGGGAUCACUCUCACCCUUGAGCAGGCCCAGGCACUGGGGAUCACUCUGACCCCUCAGCAGGCACAGGCAGGGGGGAUCACUCUCACCCCUCAGCAGGCCCAGGCAAUCACUCUGACCCCUCAGCAGGCCCAGGCACUGGGGAUCACUCUCACCCCUGAGCAGGCACAGGCAGGGGGGAUCACUCUCACCCCUGAAAAGGCCCAGGCACAGGGGAUCUCUCUCACCCCUGAGCAGGCCCAGGCACUGGGGAUCACUCUGACCCCUCAGCAGGCCCAGGCAGGGGGGAUCACUCUCACCCCUGAAAAGGCCCAGGCACAGGGGAUCUCUCUCACCCCUGAGCAGGCCCAGGCACUGGGGAUCACUCUGACCCCUCAGCAGGCACAGGCAGGGGGGAUCACUCUCACCCCUCAGCAGGCCCAGGCACAGGGGAUCACUCUGAUCCCUGAGGAGGCCCAGGCACAAGGGAUCACUCUGACCCCUGAGCAGGCCCAGGCACUGGGGAUCACUCUGACCCCUCAGCAGGCACAGGCAGGGGGGAUCACUCUCACUCCUCAGCAGGCCCAGGCACAGGCGAUCACUCUGACCCCUCAGCAGGCCCAGGCACAAGGGGUCACUCUCACCCCUCAGCAGGCCCAGGCACAGGGGGUCACUAUGACCCCUGAGCAGACCCAGGCACAGGGGAUUACUCUCACCCCUGAAAAGGCCCAGGCACUGGGGAUCACUCUCACCCCUGAGCAGGCCCAGGCACAGGGGAUCUCUCUCACCCCUGCGCAGGCCCAGGCACUGGGGAUCACUCUGACCCCUCAGCAGGCACAGGCAGGGGGGAUCACUCUCACCCCUCAGCAGGCCCAGGCAAUCAAUCUGACCCCUCAGCAGGCCCAGGCACAGGGGAUCACUCUCACCCCUGAAAAGGCCCAGGCACAGGGGAUCUCUCUCACCCCUCAGCAGGCCCAGGCACAGGGGAUCUCUCUUACCCCUCAGCAGGCCCAGGCACAGGGGAUCACUCUCACCCCUGAGCAGGCCCAGGCACAGGGGGUCACUAUGACCCUGGAGCACACCCAGGCACGGGGGAUCCCUCUCAUCCCUGAGCAGGCCCAGGCCCAGGCAAUCACUCUGACCCCUCAGCAGGCCCAAGCACUGGGGAUCACUCUUACCCCUCAGCAGGCCCAGGCACAGAGGAUCACUCUUACCCCUCAGCAGGCCCAAGCACUGGGGAUCACUCUGACCCCUGAGCAGGCCCAGGCACAGGGGAUCUCUCUCACCCCUGAGCAGGCCCAGGCACUGGGGAUCACUCUGACCCCUCAGCAGGCCCAGGCACAGAGGAUCACUCUGACCCCUCAGCAGGCCCAGGCACAGGGGAUCUCUCUCACCCCUGAGCAGGCCCAGGCACUGGGGAUCACUCUGACCCCUCAGCAGGCACAGGCACAGGGUAUCGCUCUGACCCCUCAGCAGGCCCAAGCACUGGGGAUCACUCUGACCCCUCAGCAGGCCCAGGCACAGAGGAUCACUCUUACGCCUCAGCAGGCCCAAGCACUGGGGAUCACUCUGACCCCUCAGCAGGCCCAGGCACAGGGGAUCUCUCUCACCCCUGAGCAGGCCCAGGCACUGGGGAUCACUCUGACCCCUCAGCAGGCACAGGCACAGGGCAUCACUCUCACCCCUCAGCAGGCACAGGCACUGGGGAUCUCUCUCACCCCUGAGCAGGCCCAGGCACAAGGGAUCACCCUGACCCCUCAGCAGGCCCAGGCACGGGGGAUCACUCUGACCCCUCAGCAGGCCCAGGCACGGGGGAUCACUCUCACCUGUCAGCAGACCCAGGCACAGGGGAUCACUGUGACCCCUGAGCAGGCAGAGGCACUGGGGAUCACUCUCACCCCUGAGCAGGCACAGGCACUGGGGAUCACUCUCACCCCUGAGCAGUUCAAGGCAUUGCUGGUCACCCUCAGCCCUGAGAAAUGCCAGGGCUUGGGUUUCAUACACACCCUUGAGAAAGUUCAUGCAUGGGAGUCUCCUCUCACUGCAUCACAGGCCCAGAAAUUGGGCGUCCCUAUCACUCCAGAAAAUGCCCGGGUCUCAGCUGUCACUCUUACCCCUGAACAGACCCAGGCUUUGGGUGCCCCUCUCUCCUUAGAACAGGCUCAAGCAUUAGAUAUUUCUCUCUCUCCAGAACACUUCUGGGAAUCAGAUAAAUCAGAUAAAUCCCAUGUCUUAGGAUUUCCCCUUACCCUUGAGCAAGUCCAGCCUUUGGGAGCUCCCUUCAUUCCAGGACAAUCCCAUCCCAUGGGGGUAGAUGACCUAAAAUCAAGAGCACCUCUCAUUAAUGAACAGCUCUCACCACUUGGGGUCCAUCCUCUUUUAGAACAUACCCUGAAAGUUGGGAUUGUGCCUGUUACUGAUAAAUCUGUCACACCAAGUGCUCCUCACAUUUCUAAGAAGUUACCCACAUUGGAUCCUUCCAGUCUUAGAUCACUUCAAAAAUUGAAGGCUUCUGUCCUUCCUAGGCAAUCCCCAGCAUCUGCUGCUAUUGCUGAGAAAUCCUCUGCAUUGGAGGUCUCUCCUAUUCCUUUGCAGAUAUCACAGUCUCCUCUCUCCCAAGCCCCUGGUAAAUCACUAGGAGUGAGAAUUCAUUCUGAGCCUGGGAAACUCCUUGCACCACAGACUUUUCCUUCCUCUAAACAGACCCUGUUUUCUAAAGGUCAAUCCACUUCUGUUGAGUUUGUAGCACCAGAGGUCCCACUGACUCCUGAGAAAUUUCCCAUAGCUGAGACCCUGCCAACUUCAGGGCAGCCUCUUACACUGGAGACCCUUCUCGGCCCUCAGCAGUUCUUUUCCUCUUGGGGCUCUAGGACUCCUCAGCUACCUCUGAUAUCAGAAGCCCCUCUGGCCUCCAGGCAGCCCCUUAUAUCUGGAGUCCCACUCACCUCUGCACAGAUUCCUGAUCUCUUGGCUCCUCUUUCUCCUAGGAAGCCCUUGGUUCCUGGAACCUCUUCCAUCCAUGGGGAGCUCCUGGAACCUAGACCCUUAACACUCUCUGAGCAGCCCCAGGCAUUUCAGCCCACUGCUACCUGUGAACAAUCUCACUAUCUACAAGCCCCUUCUCCCCUUGGGCAGCAUCAAGCUUCCCCACUGUGGAUCCCUCCCACCCCUGGGCAUCUUCCAACAUUAUGGACCUCUCCAACUCCUGGAAAGCCCCUGAAAGAUUUGUCCUCUUCUGUCUCCAAGAAAAGUAAGGAAAGAUUGGCAAUUAUUUCUUCUCUGAAACCUAAUUCAGCAUUUGUUCAUCCCAGUGCUACUGAUUUCAAGGUAACUCAAGCCCCUUUCACCACUAAGAAGUUCCAAAUAUCAGAGGCGUCUGACACUUUGGAAGAAAUCCCGAUAUGCCAUGAUCCUAUUGCCAUGGAACAAUUUAGAACAUUUCAGUCCUAUCUCACCAAUUACAGGACACCAGUAUCACAAACCCCUUACAUUCCGACUCUCAUGAAGCCUAUAACAUCACUACCCUCUCUUACGACUAAACUACCCAAAACAUCACAGAUCUCAUCUUCUGAAUGGGACCAGAAAUCCAAGUUCUCCCCUAUAGACAAGUCCUGGAUACUGACUUCAGUUUCAGGUACCAAGAAACCCAAGAUGCUAGUGCCCCCUUCCAGUCCCCAAGAGCUCAAAGAGCAGAGAUAUUUUGUUGAUGUAGAGGCUCAGAGAAAGAACCUGAUACUCUUAAAUCAGGCCACAAAAGCUUCUGGACUUCCUUCACAACUACACACAACAGCUAGGAAUCUCAUAAUUGAGACAUUUCAUACGGACACAGUUCGGCUGGGAUACUUAUUCCACAAGUACAUUGCUUACAGGCUGAUCCAGCGUGCAAGAAACAACCUAAUCAGGCGAUUACAAGUGAUCAAAAACACCGGGAAAGGUUAUGAAACCCGGAACCUCUACAUAAUGCUGAGCAGAAUUGAUGAGUACCAGAAAAAGGUGAUGCAGGUCUGGACCAACAAGCAGAAGUCUUUAGAGCAGAAACGGAAUCAGUGCCUGAGGAAAAUGAUAUUCCUAUUUAGCCAGCUUCAACAGACAUAUAGAUUGAAUCUUAGUCAACCUAUCCCUUGCAUCAUCGACAAAAAGCAGAUACCUGCCUCUACCAAAUCUGUUGAACAAUCAUUCCUAGAGCUGCUAAUAGAAGAAGACAGAAAGUCUGACACAUUGAAGAAAUUUCGACAAGAAGACCAAAUGGAAGCCAUCUGGAAUGCUGAUCUGUCGACUUCAAGCUACCCAGUAACAGAGAAGACAUCAAUACAUUCACUCUGGGCCCAGCUGGGUGGGUACCCAGAUAUUCCUAUGCUACUCCAGUUAGAUGUUCAAUCUACCUUCAGAAAAUCUCUUGGAUCCAUUAAAUCACGUUCUUUAGGUUAAACAUCUUCACUUCCAGACUAUUAACAUGACCACUCAAGAACGAAUAUCCUCCUCUAGAUUACUGGAAACACAAAGCUUCAACAAACACUGUGGUAGGCUGUCAUAAAAGGGACAUAAUAUGGCCCCUCACAUGAUGGCAAAGUAGCACAGUCUACCUCCCAGAACCUAAACCCAAAGAUGCCUC